CUUCAUUCAAAUGAGAAAUUUCUUACUAUCACCUGUCCUCCUCUAGCUAAUUGUUUUGUGAAUUUGUGACGCAUUAAAAUGGAUACAGAUAUCGAAAGAAAGGAGUCCAUUUCUUCAGAGACAAAAAUUUCAAACAAAACCUUCGGAUGGAUCGGACAAAGGCACUUGCUAAGUAUUUUGCUAUUCGCAUGCGUUUUCAUCAACUAUUUACAAAGAGUCAACAUUUCUGUGGCUGUCGUUGCAAUGACGUUAAAAAUAAAUAACACUGACAAUGGAGACACUCAACAACCUCAAACAUUUGACUGGAAUACAUCUGAACGGAGCACAAUAUUAAGUUCCUUUUUUUGGGGAUACUUGGUGAUGAAUCUUCCAGCUGCAGUUCUUGGCCGUUUCAUUAACAAUAAGUACUUGUUGGCUAUGAGUACGACAGUUGGUAGCAUUUUAGCCUGCACAUCGCCGAUCAUCGUUUCGUAUUUGGGCUGGAAAGGCUUGACUGGACUCCGCUUGUUCCAAGGGGUUUUCCAGGCUUUCAUGAUGCCUAUGGUCCAUGGAAUCAUGUCUAAGUGGGCUCCACCACAAGAAAGAGGCCGAUUGGUUGGAUUUAUUUUGGGAGGGAUUCAAUUUGGGACCAUGAUAAUUCUUGUGAUGGCUGGUUUCCUGGCGAGCAGCUCUUUAGGCUGGCCGUCGAUAUUUUAUAUUUCUGGUGCUCUUGGCUUAGCCUGGGUUGUGUUUUGGAUGAUAUUCGGAGAUACAAGUCCAACCAACUCUAAAAUUAUCUCAGAGGAAGAACUCAAGUACAUUGUGAAAAACAUAAACUAUCAUGACGAAAAAGAAAAGAGGAUGAAAACACCUUGGCGUCACAUCUUAACAUCACUGCCAGUAUGGGCUGUCGUAGUUGCCCACACUGCUCACAACUGGGGCUUCUGGCUACUCCUCACUGAAAUGCCACAAUUUUUCUCCAGCGUACUCAAAAUUAACAUAAAAGAAGAUGGUUUGCUGUCGGCCCUUCCAUACCUUGCGAUGUGGUGUCUCAUGUUCCCAGUCAGUUAUGUAGCAGAUAAAAUGAUUCACGGAGAAAUUGCAUCAAUUACGACAACUAGAAAACUUUGGAACUCGAUUGGUAUGUGGGGAGGUUGUGUUGGUUUGGCAGCUCUGGGAUACCUGGAUGACCAAGAAGUGACCGCAAUCAUUACAUACAUAUUCAUCGUUGCAAUAGGAUGUAGCGUCAACUGUGGUUUCAAUGUCAACCAUAUGGACCUUUCACCUAAUUUUGCUGGGAUCCUAAUGGGCAUGACAAAUGCAGCCGCAUCAGCAGGGGGAUUACUCGCUCCGUUGUCCGUUGCUUAUAUUGUCAAAGAUAUGAAUUCAAUGAUACAGUGGAGGCAAGUAUUCUUUAGUGGAGCUGCAAUAUUAUUCUUCGGUAAUUUAUUCUACAUCAUAUUUGCAUCUGGAAAUUUACAGAAAUGGAACGAGCCUGCAGAAAGUAGUGAAAGAGCGGAGGACAACAACAAGCAAAAAGUGGGCUUGGAAACAAAUAAUGUGCAAGACUAAAAGGGAGAGAGAGGAAACAAAAGCAACCAUCAAAACGAUUGCAUUCAAGCUCUAUGAUUGGUGCAACAUAUCGAAUGGGGAAUCAGUGAUGGAAACUUACUGUUUGAUACAGUCUACUGCUUUCCAGGCUCAUUCGUGAACAAGAUUUGUCCGUCUGCUGAACAUUUUGAGCCAAUCAUUCAUCCACCUGUUCUAUAUGUAUGAGGAAGAAUAUGCUCCUGAUUUAGACCAGAGCAAAAGCAAUCUAGUUCGUUUUCGGCACCUGCCAAUCAAUGAAGCACAGCUUGACAGUUGCGGUUGCCGCAUAACUUUCAUUCUAUUCAAUUACAUCAAAAUGGACCACUAAACAAGGCUCGAGUUUAAGAAUUGUGUUACGUAUUUCCUUUGCAAAGAAUCCAGUAGAAAACAAUUCUGGCAUUCCUUGAAACUUUCAUGCAUCACUUCUUGAAUGAGGUGUUAUCGGUUAGGAUAGGCAUCGAUGGAGAAAAAUUUAUUCGUGCCUCUCACAGGAAAAAUUGAAGUAGGAACUCUUGGGCCAAACCACUGAAAAAGUUUUUCAAGUUUUUCAAUGAAACGGUGUUCUUGGUAUUAUUUUUUGUGAUCAUUUGUCCUGCGUUUUUAAAAAUUUAUUGAUUAAUUUGUUGAGCCAAUAGCAACUUUUGAUGCAUGAUUUGAUCCCAGUAGAAUUUGGUUUUUGAUGUGUAGGGGGCUGGAGUUGACGAAGAAAACAAUCGCCAUAGCUGGCUAGGGAAAUUUUCACAGAACAAAACAUUUUUCACAAAAAUUAUUGAUGAAGAAAUGAAGAAAAUACAGUAUAGAUUCCUAGACUAUCUGGUAGUUUAUGAUAGGAUCAUGUGUGUGACUUUUCUUCCAGCGCAAUCUGCAUUAUAGGAUUAAAAAAUUGUACCAUAAAUCAUGGAAAAAGUUGUUGAAGUGAAUCGAUUUCGAUGAAAAUUUGGGAAGAUCAUUUACAGACGGACACUUACAGGCAAAGAAAUAAGAGAGCUGAGGAUGCAAACGCAGCCACCGAUUGUGACAAGAAAUGUAAUCAUGCCCACAAGAAUGGUGUUGUUGGUAUUGCCGAUUGGCACUCUCAUGGGAAUUUUCUCAGCAUUCUGAAAACCACAUUAAGGACAAAAAGACUGAUAAGUUUUACCAGAAAAUAUUAAGAUACUGGUUGAAAUAUAAUCAUAAAUAAAUGUAUAAAUAUAUGA